AUGCUUUUAAUUUCAAUAUUAUCUUUAUUACUUUCUAAUGCCGUUACUAUACGACGAGAUAUAUCUAUACUUUUUAAUAGAGUAGCUAUAAUUGCUUUAGUUUAUUCUAUAUUACAUAGUACAAUAACUAUAUUUAUUAUGGGUAAAGGUAUAAGUUUACACGGAGGUUUACUUAAUAUUACUAGUAUUACACAAAUUUUUGAUAUUUUUAUAUUUUUAAUUAGUAUAUUAAUUUUACAAUUAACUAGUUUUUAUCCUAGAAAAGUUUGGGUACCUGAACAUUCUUCAUUAACACAAUUAUUAUUUAAUAAUUUUGUUUUUUAUAGAACUAAAAUUAUUAAUAAAAUGGGAGAACAUUUAAGAAUUAUAGAGUAUCCUCUAAUAUUAUUAUUUAUAAUCACUGGAGCUGUUUUUUUAAUUUCAACUAGCGAUUUAAUAUCUGUGUUUCUUUCUAUAGAAUUACAAAGUUAUGGUUUAUAUUUAUUAAGUACUAUAUAUAGAAAUUCAGAAUUAUCUACUACAGGAGGUUUAAUCUAUUUUUUAUUAGGAGGUUUAAGUUCAUGUUUUAUAUUAUUAGGUACAAGUUUAUUAUACGCUAAUUCUGGUACUACUAAUUUAGAUGCUUUAUACGCUAUAACUAGUAUUAGUGAUAAUACAGAUUUAUGAUAUAAACCUUUUUAUAUAAAUUUUUCUUUACUUAUAUUUAGUAUAGGAUUUUUAUUUAAAGUAAGUGCUGCUCCAUUUCAUUUUUGAUCUCCGGAUGUUUAUGACGCCAUACCUACAAUAGUUACUACAUUUGUUGCUAUAAUAGCUAAAAUUUCAAUAUUUGUAUUUUUAUUAGAGAUAGUAUUUUAUACUAGAAAUUAUUUUUCUGAUUUUAAUUGAACAUAUGGUUUAUUAAUUAGUUCUUUAUUAUCAAUGAUAAUUGGAACUGUAGUUGGUUUAACUCAAUUUAGAAUAAAAAGAUUAUUUGCUUAUAGUACUAUUUCUCAUAUAGGAUUUAUUUUAUUAGCUUUAAGUAUAUCUAGUGUAGAAUCCACUCAAGCUUUUAUUUUCUAUUUAAUGCAAUAUUCAAUUAGUAAUUUAAAUGCUUUCUUAAUAUUAAUAGCUAUAGGAUUUUCUUUAUACUACUAUAUUAGUGAUAAUAAAGAAUACAAAGAAUUAUUAGAUAAAGAUAAUUCUCCAAUACAAUUAAUUAGUCAAUUAAAAGGUUAUUUUUAUAUAAAUCCUGCUUUAUCUUUAAGCUUAGUUAUUACUAUAUUUUCUUUUGCAGGUAUACCUCCUCUUGUAGGAUUUUUUGCUAAACAGAUGGUAUUAAGUGCUGCUUUAGAUAAUGGUUAUGUAUUCUUAUCUUUGAUUGCCAUAUUAACAAGUGUAAUAGGUGCUGUAUAUUAUUUAAAUGUUAUAAAAGAAAUUUUCUUUUAUUCACCUCAAUAUAAAGUAAAUCCAUUAUUAAAUAAUUUAAAUUUUAAUGGUAAUAUAUACAACAAACAAAAUAUUUUAAUUAAAUCUAUUACUUUUAAAUAUAAUAAUAUUGCAAUAUCUAGUCCAAUAGCUAUUACAAUAUCUGUAAUAACAUUAAUUAUAUUAUUAUUUAUAUUUGUAAAUAAAGAAUGAUUAAGUAUGAGUACCAUAUUGGUACAAUUUUUAUUUAAUUAUUAA